AUGGUUGACGACUCGCCAGUUGUAGUACCCGAUUGUCCAGAUGUGCUGCCCGAAUCACUAGUUGUGGUGCCAACUGUCGAUGACUCUCCAGAGGUGCUGGUGGAUGUCGUUGGCACCGAAGUGGUGGUUGUGGUGCUCACCGUGGUGCUCGAAGGGCCGGAGGUGGUGGAUGUUGUGGUCGAACCAGAGGUGGUACCGUCUGUUGAUGACUCUACGGUUGUGCUGCCGGAGGUUGUUGGCAGAGCAGUUGUAGUGCUCGACUGGCCUGAUGUGGCGGACGUUGUUGAGGACUCACCUGAUGAUGUUGUCGAAGUGGUGCCAGCUGUUGACGACUCACCAGUGCUAGAUGUCGCGCUGUUGGUUGUGGAUGACUCGCCUGAUGAAGUGGUCAAGGUGGAGGUAGUGCCAACGGUUGACGACUCUCCAGUGGUGGACAAGGUAGUAGAGGAGACUGUUGUUGGCUCAGCGGUGGUAGUCGAUCCAGAUGAAGUUGUUGAGGUUACUGUCGAGGAUUCGCCUGUUGGAGAGACGGUAGUGCCUGAUUGUCCAGUUGAGGUUAUACCAACUGUUGUCGAGCCACCAGUGGUUGAGGUGCUACCAGAGCUGGACUCUCCUGAGGUAGUGGAUGCAUCACCAGUUGUUGUGCUCAAUGUAGUUGUCGAGGUUGAGGUAGUGCCAACCGUCGAUGACUCGCCUGUUGAUGAUGUGGUCGUGGAGGAGAUGGUUGGCUCAGCAGUAGUUGAGGUCGUUGAUGAGGUUGUUGAGCCCGAUUGUCCAGAUGAAGUGGUCGAUGUUGUGCCUGACUCUCCAGUGAUGGUUGAAGUUCCCGUAGAGGUUGUCGAGGAGAUGGUAGUUGGCUCAGCAGAGGUCGAGGAUGAAGUUGAAGAGCCAGACUGUCCUGAUGUAGUGGACUCACCGGAUGAGGUGCUGGAUGUCGUUGAUACUGUGGACGAGGAUGUCGAGGUGGUACCAACUGUAGUUGAUUCACCAGAAGUGGUGCUGGAUGUAGUUGGCUCAGCGGUGGUGGUGGUAGAGGUACUAACUGUUGUGCUCGACUCUCCAGAGGUAAUGGACGUCGUUGUGCUGGUUGAGGAUGUUGUUGGCUCAGCUGUGGUGGAUGUGCCGACGGUGGUACUAGCAUCUCCAGUGAUGGUGCUCGAUGUUGUCGUUGUACCAACAGUGGAUGACUCGCCUCCAGAGGUUGUUGAUGUGGCAGAGGACACUCCAGAGUCACCUGUUCAUUAUAAAAAUGUUGUCGAUGUGGAUGUGGAGAUAGUUGGGGAUGAGGUGGUCGUCGAGGUGCCAACAGUUGAUGAUGACUCGCCAGAUGUGGUAGUGGAUGAAGUUGUCGAGGUUGAGGUGGAAGUUGUGCUUGACUCUCCAGUCGAUGUAGUUGAUGUGGAGGUACUACCUGAUCCAGAUGUGGUUGUCGAGGUGCCAACUGUUGACGACUGUCCAAUGGUAGAUGAUGUCGAUGAGGUGCUGAUCGUAGUGCCAGACUGUCCUGAUGUUGUACCAACAGUUGAUGAUGACUCACCUGAUGUUGUCGAUGAGGUGGUCGAUGUGGAGGACUCACCUGAUGUUGUUGGAGCUUGA